AGAAGUCCUUUGGCAGGCAGAAUAGAGCUUUUAUUGAGGAUAUUGCUGAGCUGACCAUCAGGGACCAGCUCACUGGAUUGUUUGAAAAAAUCUCCGCUGAAUCACUGCUCUUUCAUUCCUCUCAUUUGGGCGGCCGUGUCCAGCAGCAAACAGAAUGCAAAGAAUCUGCAGCAUUCCCCUGUCUGACAGCAGGAGCCAGGCCCCCUUCUGAAGGACCUGCGAGGAGGCAGAGCAGCCCCAGGGAGGGGAGCGUUCAGAGGAGGACUCACGUGUCUGCUGGGCUCUGCACUUGCUGCUACCCACCUUGCUGUCUGUCUGCUGCAUCCAUCCAGCUGAGGCCAUGCUGCUGCUGCUGCUGCUGCGAGCCCUGCUCUGCAUGGACAUGCUGCCGGAGGUGGACCCUGCUGUGCCCCUGGAGGGCUUCUACCCUUUUGGUCCAGAGGCGGGGGACUCACAGACCAUCACUCAGGACGACGGCGGCUCCGGGCUCCAGGAGAUCUCUGUGGCUUUCCCUUUCUUUGGAGAGAGGCACACGGGGCUGUAUGUGAACAACAAUGGCCUUGUGUCGUUCCUGAGGGAGGUGUCUCAGUUCACACCUGUGGCCUUUCCAAUCGCGGGGGAUCGGAGGGUCGUGGCGCCGUUCUGGGCUGACGUGGACAACCGCAGAGCGGGGAGCGUCUUCUACAGGGAGAGCUUGGACCCCUCAGUCCUGAGAAGGGCCUCCCGCGACGUCAGCACCUACUUCACCGAGUUUCCCGACUUUAAUGCGACAUGGACCCUCAUCUCUACCUGGCAUCGAGUUACUUUCUUUGGAGGAAACUCCCAAACGCCGGUGAAUACUUUCCAAGCGGUGCUCAUUACAGACGGGGAGCUUUCUUUCACCAUAUUCCAGUACAACAGCAUCACCUGGACGACGGGCAUGCACGCCAGCAGCGGAGGGAACCAGAGCGGCCUGGGGGGGAUCGCAGCGCAGGCAGGUUUCAAUGCUGGUGAUGGUAAGCGUUAUUUCAACAUUCCAGGUUCUCGCACCCGCGAUGUGGUGAACGUGGAGGGCACGACCAACGUGGGAUACCCAGGCAGAUGGGUCUUCCGCAUCGAUGAUGCGCACGUGGAAGUGGGAGGCUGCAAUAACUCUGCAUCGGUGUGCCCUCACCUGCGGCCGUGUAUGAAUGGCGGCCGCUGCAUUGAUGACUGCAUCACAGGUAAUCCCUCCUUCACCUGCUCCUGCUUGGCUGGCUUCACGGGUCAACAAUGCCAAAUCGAUGUGGAUGAGUGUGCCUCCAGUCCGUGCCAGAACGGAGGGACUUGUGAAGAUCUCACUAACAGUUUCUCCUGUGAGUGCCCUGCUGGAUACACAGGGCUUCAAUGUGAAACAGACAUCGAUGAGUGUGACGACAGGCCGUGCAUGAACAACGCCUCGUGCACACAGGGCAUUGGGGCUUUCAGCUGUGCAUGCCAGCCAGGUUUCACCGGUGCUCUGUGUGAGACAGACAUGAAUGAAUGUGAGUCCCAGCCCUGUCUAAAUGGAGGAGAGUGCAUGGAUCAAGUGGCCAGCUUCACCUGCUCGUGUCCUUCCAGCUUCACUGGAGCUUUCUGUCAAACAGAGUUGAUGAUGCCAAAAGACAAUUCUUCUGCGACAGACAACCGAGCAGGGCACUGCCUCUGCCAGAAUGGGGGUGUCUGUGUGGGCAGCAUUGGAACCUGUGAAUGCCCUGCCGGCUACACUGGGGACCUCUGUCAGUUUGAAGUCACCCAGAUCCUGUGCAGCAGCAGGCCCUGUCCUGAUGGGAGUACGUGUUUGGAGUACGGCGGGACCUUCGUGUGCACGUGUCAGACCGGAGCAGACUUCGACCUUCAGGACUUCUACCCAGAUGUACAGCCCCAGUCGGUCUGUGACUCUUCUCCAUGUCUGAAUGGGGGCUACUGCUACGAACGGGACGGGGGCUACUCCUGCGAGUGCAGACAUGGAUACUGGGGGAAGCACUGUGAAAAAGUUAGACUGAAUACUUGUGCUUCUGGCCCCUGCCGCAAUGGAGGCUCCUGUAAAGAGGAGGCGGGGGGCUACAGGUGUGCGUGUCCCUACAGAUUCACUGGAAAACACUGUGAAGUAGGAAGGCCGGACCCCUGUGCCUCCAGUCCCUGUCUGAACGGAGGGACCUGCUUUCACUACAUAGGAAAAUAUAAGUGUGAAUGCAUGGAAGCUUUCAGCGGCAGGCACUGUGAAAUGAGCAGGAGCUCGGCAGAACCGGGCUGCGGGCCACCUCCACAAGUCGAGCACGCUGAGGUCCAGUUCUCCUCAACGACAGUCGGCUCCGUGGCUGUGUAUGUGUGCCAUUCAGGCUUCACGUCUGUUCCCAGGACUGCCACGAGUGUCUGCGGCAUUCUGGGAAAGUGGAGCCAGACACCUGUCUGUGAAGAGAUCAACGAGUGCCUGUCACAGCCGUGUCUCCACGGCGGAACCUGCCAGAAUAACAUCGGGUCCUUUCUCUGCUCGUGCAGGGACGGCUUCAGUGGAAACCGCUGCCACUUAGACAUAAAUGAAUGCCUGUCAGAGCCGUGCAUGAACGGGGGGACGUGUGAGGACAAGCCGGGCUCCUAUCUGUGUCACUGCAGGCCAGGCUUCAGAGGCCAGAGCUGCGAACUAGAGCAGGACGAGUGUGAGUCCGGCCCGUGUCUGAACGGAGGGGUGUGUCGAGGUUACAGAGGGAGUUACGUGUGUUUGUGUAAAGACGGUUUCUUUGGAGAGCAGUGCCAAAUGUUGGAGGACCCCUGUGUACUGAAACCCUGUGGAAACCGUGGCCGUUGCUGGAGUGACAGGAAGGGAAACUACAACUGUGUCUGCAAAGUCGGCCUCACUGGCAAAGACUGCAAGAAAGACCUGUUACCUCCAAACGGUCUCCACGUGCUGCGUGUGGAGGAGCGGGAGGUGGAGCUCUGUUGGGACGAGCCGGAGCCCUCCCUCAGCCCCAUCAGCAUGUUUGCCGUGACCUACGCUCCGCUGGGUCAGAGCAGCACCAAAACGGACUACCUGGACCAUCAUCAGUCCACCCACGUUCUGCGAGGCCUUCAGCCCGGCCUGCUCUACAACAUCUCUGCAGUCUCCCUCAAGUUCAAAACGAACAGCAAUGACACCAGCCAGCCUGCUACUGCUCUCAUUCGCACCAGACCACCACCAGUGGAGCAGCUGCAGGUGCUUAAUGUGUCGUCCUCUCAGGUUUGGCUGAGCUGGCUCAUUCAAGCUUCCCAUCAUGCAGCCAUCAACCGGGUGCACGUGUCUCUAUCGCCACUAGAUGGAAGUGAGGCUCGCUCUGCUGUGCUCAACACAAGCACCAGUCAAUAUACCUUCAGUUCUCUGGGACCGGGUCAGAUGUACACGGUGGACGUGGUAACUCAAAGUGGAACCAGACCAGACGAGUUUCCCUCCACCAGCCACUCAGCGGGUCCGCUGCAGCUCUGGACAAGGCCUCUUGCCCCGCAGAACCUGUCCUUAUCACGUGUAACCCCCAACUCAGCGCUGAUCACCUGGAGUCGCCACUCAACAGACGCCCCGGAUGGCUUUGUGAUCAAUGUGACCAAAGGGCUGAACACCAAGAGUCGCUUCCUGCCAAACGGGAAACUGGGAUCUUUUACGAUCCGUGAGCUGAAUCCGGGACACAACUACUACGUGGCUCUCAGUGCGGUCAAAAACACAGGACAGGAGCAGAUCUACAGCACGCCGCAGCAGUUAGCCUUCGCUACACUACCUGUGCAGGUCAGACCGGCGAGGAGGGAGAGGCCAUCGGUGACUGGUCAGCAGACCCCAAGUGAACGUCCAGGUACUUCAUCCCUCAUGCCAGACCCGGGAGGUCCAGCAGAAACAGAGAACUUAGACGACUCUUUCAGAUUCACAGAAUUGGCUGACAGAAGAGGAAAGAUAACAGCAAAGUUUACUCACCUGCCUCGAAAAACUCUUCGACAUCGAACCAAACCAGAUCCACCAAUCAGAUUAGAAAAGAUGGAAGAAACAACGAAUAGAAUCAGCCUUGCAUUAGAGAUUCAAGAGGAGAGCUUGAGAACAAAGCCUGACUGGCCUCAGGACUGCCGCCGUCUGUCCUGCCACAACGGAGGCACAUGUGUUAACCGAGGCGGCACCUUCAUCUGCAGCUGCACGCCCGGGUUCAAAGGCAGGCACUGUGAACUGUCAUGCCAGCGGAUGCCACACCCCUGCACCCGUCUCUACUCGGAGACCAGGAGUGUGCCCGUGUGGGAGGGGGGAGCCUGCCACUACCUGUAUAAAAGAAUAUAUAAAGUACAGCAGGAUGUGUGUUAUAGAGAAAUCUGUGAACAGAUAUUUCCCAGCAAAAGUCGGACUAGAAGAACAAAUAACCAACAAUAAAGAGCUCCUGGAUGCAGAAAUAACGACUUUUACAGCUGUCACAGCAAAAAUCUCUGAACUCCAACUUUGAUGUAAAUAAUCUACUUGAAUUAUCUGCUUAUUUUGUGCUGAGAAACUGUCUCACAACCCAAUGAAAGAAGCAAACCGUCUCCCAUUAAGGCUGCAUCUCCACCUGAGCAACCAGCGGAUGUUUGAUGCACAUCAUUCUGGACGUUUUCGGGCUCAUUUUUCUCACAGUCACAUACAGUCCGUUCAAAUUAAACAUAAGCAGCAUAAGAAACCUUAUAUACCUCAUUUCCAUGUCCAUGCUGACACAUUGGGAGAGGGUUUUAUCUGUGGUCCCGCUGCAGGUUUGCCCCUCAGGGAAAAAAGCUUCAACUGUUCAGGGUCAUUUCCUUACACCUCCCUACGCUGCUCGUUGAGGAGUCAACAGGAAACAGAUAUUUUUACCACACCCCACAAACUCAUCCUCUCCAGUGCCAACAGUCCAGAAAGUUUUCUGUGUACAGAGUUGUACUCUGCCUGGACAGGCAUUACUGUUUGCUAUCAUGUAAAUAGUGUUUAUAGGCCAUUUUGUAGGUGAAUAUUUUAAUAAUAAAAGUGU